AUGCUGUUCUUUACUGCGUUACGGCUUCUUGGAUCAACCAUUUUUGUAGCCCUUUAUGGGUUAGCACCAUUGUCUCUCCGGACUCGGCCUUACAAUUUCUUCAAUGGAUGGCCACCACCUCCUUGGGAUGCAACCUACGACUAUGUGGUCAUUGGAGGCGGCACCGCGGGCAUCACAGUCGCAUCACGCCUGGCCCAAACCGGAUAUCAAGUUGCGUUGGUGGAGGCUGGAGGCUACUACGAGUGGCUACAUCCCAUCUCGAAGCUUCCAGGUGCCGCGACAAUUGGAAUUGGGGCCAGCAUUUCGACGGCAUCCUCGGUGGACUGGAAGUUUGUCGCAGAGAAAGUCCCUGGUGCAAACUAUCGGGAUAUCCACUAUCCCCGAGGGAAGUGUCUAGGAGGAUCAUCAGCGUUGAACUUUAUGAUAUACCAGCGUCCCUCCAAAGGCGCAAUGGAUCGAUGGGCUGAACUCGUGGAUGACCCCAGCUAUACCUUCGAGAACACUUGGAAAUACUUCAAACAAACAGUAUCCUUCACCGCGCCAACAUCUCGAUCCGAAUGCGUUAGGACACCGUACAACGAGUCAGCAUUUGAUGGUUCCGGCGAGCCACUGCAUGUUUCUUAUCCUCGAUACGCAAUGCCUUUCUCCAGCUGGGUCCGCCGGGCCUUGACCGCGAUCGGAAUGCAAGAGAUUGGGGACUUUAACAGCGGUUCACUCAUGGGACAUCAGUUCUGCUCAAUGACCAUUCGUCCGACAGAUGAAUCACGAAGUAGCUCGGAAACGGCGUUCCUUCAAUCUCCGCAAAACAUGAAAACACUCUCUAUCUAUGAGAAGACUCUGGCCAAAAAGAUUCUUUUCGACUGGUGGAAUCGAGCUCAUGGUGUAAGAGUCCAUGGAGUGUGGGAUUACACAUUAUGGGCCAGGCGCGAGGUCAUUCUGUCUGCAGGUGCCUUCCACUCUCCACAGCUACUUAUGCUGUCCGGGAUUGGUCCUGCUAGGGUUCUUCACGAGCAUGGAAUCAAACCAAUCGUGACUCUACCCGGAGUUGGCCAGAAUAUGUGGGACCAUAUCUUCUUUGGUCCUUCCCAUCAAGUUGCUGUGGCCUCAUUCUCGGGGAUGGUUCAGAGUCGAGCUCGGCUGGCUAGCCAGAUUGCAGCCUAUCUUGGGUCCCAUGAAGGGAUGUUGACGAACCCAUCGACAGACUAUCUUGCGUUUGAAAAGCUUCCAGAUAUAUCUAGAUAUAAUUUGACUGAUCAGGAAGAAGAGGUUCUCUCUUGGUUUCCAGAAGAUUGGCCAGAGAUCGAGUAUUUGGCAGCUUCUGCGUUUGUUGGAAAUUUCUCAGAUCCGUUCUUCCAACAGCCCCAGCAUGGUGAGUAUGCCUCGAUCAUUGCGAGCAUCGUUGCUCCUACGUCUCGCGGCAACGUGACCCUUCGCUCUGCGAACGCGGCAGAUCUCCCAACUAUCAAUCCAAAUUGGCUGGAUACAGAGAUAGAUCAAAAACUUGCCGUGACGGCAUAUAGACGGAUGCGCGACAUGUUUCGAAGUCCAGCCAUGAAGCCCAUAUUGAUUGGACCGGAGUACUUCCCAGGGCUUGAGUACCAAAGUGAUGAGGAGAUCCUAAAUGUCAUCAAGAAUACGCUCAUGACUAUAUAUCACGCAUCCUGUACAUGCAAAAUGGGAACUCGAAAUGAUAGCAUGGCUGUCGUCGAUCAUCGGGCGAGGGUAUUUGGUGUCACGGGGCUUCGGGUGGUUGAUGCGGGCGCAUUUCCAUUUCUUCCACCUGGACACCCUCAGUCAGUUGUCUAUAUGCUCGCAGAGAAGAUUGCAGCCGAUAUAAUCGAGCCAUGGGCAUGA